UACACUUCCCAGGAACCUCUGCACCGUGAGGCGCAAGGCAAGAUGGGAAGAGCUGCUGGGUGAACAACCGUCCUAUUGGUGCGAAACCCGAAAGGCCGCCUAAACUCGUGAGCGAUUGGUAGGAAUUUGUGGACCCUCGCUGAUUUGAGUUGGUUUUCGGUUGCGUUGUCAGAAGCCAAAGUUUGGCGCUUGGUGCGAAUAAGGCAGAAUGAACUUUACUCCGACACACACACCCAUCUGCAGAAAAAUAACAUUUGCCUCCAGACGUGGUGCUGCCCCUGGCUUCAGUGAUCCCCACAGGUGGAAGAAAAUGGCAGACUCAGUGGAGUCAACUCCCCUGCCUUCAAUCGAGGAUCGGCUGGCUGUCCUUUGCCCUUCUCAGGAACUUCUGGAGUACUAUCAGAAGAAAAUGGCUAACUGUGAGGCAGAAAAUGAAGACCUGUUGAAGAAGUUAGACCUGUACAGAGAAGCUUGUGAAGGACAGCAUAAACUUGAAUGGAAUUUGCAGCAGAGGGAGGAAGAGAUUGCUGAAUUGCAGAAAGCCCUGAGUGAUAUGCAGGUCUGCCUCUUCCAGGAACGGGAACAUGUUUUACGACUCUACUCAGAAAAUGACCGAUUAAGAAUCAGGGAACUGGAAGACAAGAAAAAGAUUCAGAAUCUGUUAGCUCUUGUGGGAACCGACACCGGGGAAGUGACCUAUUUCCAUAAGGAGCCUCCCCACAAAGUAAGCAUUCUGCAAAAGACUAUCCAGCCUGUAGAUGUCAGUGAACAGGAUGAGCCUUCAGUGUUCAAAGCAGAUCCUAAAGUAAGCAAAAAAAGAGUAACAAUAAAAGAAAAGGAAGACAUAUCUGAUCGUUACCAGAGGGACGUACAAACACUCAUCCUGCAGGUGGAAGCACUUCAGGCACAGCUGGAAGAGCAGACAAAGCUUUCUAGAGAACAAGUUGAAGGACUCAUGGAGGAUAGACGGAUUCGAAUCGAGGAGAUACAAGUUCAACACCAAAGAAAUCAAGACAAAAUCAAAGAGCUGACCAAGAGUCUCCAUCAUACCCAAGAACUGCUCUACGAGAGCACCAAAGACUUUCUACAGCUAAGAUUUGAAAACCAAAAUAAAGAGAAGCUAUGGAUGCUUGAAAAAGACCACUUGAUGGCAAAGAUUAUGCAGUAUAGAGUGCAAUGUAAGAAGAAAGAAGAGAAGCUUGGAAAAGUUAUUCCAGUUUUGCAUGAGAGUCACCAUACUCAAAAUGAAUAUAUUAAGUCUCUAAAGGAUAAACUCGUGCAAGAGAAAAAGCUGUCCAGCAUGUACCAAGAACAGUGCAUUUCCUUAGAAGAGGAACUUGCUCGAAUCCAGGAGGAAGAGGGAGUGAGGAGAGAGAUCUUCAAGGAUCGCUCCAACAAGAUGGGCAAGCGCUUACAGAUAAUGACAAAACGCUAUGAAGCCCUUGAGCAUCGACGCAUCCUGGAAGUAGAAGGCUUCAAGACAGACAUUAAGAUUCUUCGACAGAAGCUGAAAGACCUGGAGAAAAUGCUCUAUAAGGCAACAGUGAGUGCCCGGGGAAACCAGGACCUUGCCAUUCUGUGUGAAGUCCGUGACAGCAAUAGACGAGCACAUAAGAUACAGGGAGAGCUGAAGGACCUCAAGUCUAAAGUGUUCGGCCUGGAGAAUGAGCUUAGGCUGUGUUGAUGUCUAUUUUCUGGGGCGAUCGACUUCCUGAAGCCUGAGGCAUGGUCACCUGUUCCCAGGCAGUGGACAUGGAGUUGGCCAGAGUAGUGGUAUUUAUUUUUAUAAAGAUGGUAUUAAAGGCAUGAUGGCUCACACUUACAAUCCCAGCACUGGGAGACAGAGACAGGAGGAUUGCCACAAAUUCAUGGUGAAGCAGGUAUAGCUUUUGUGAUUCAAGGCCAGCCUGGUCUACAUAGUAAGUUCUAGGCCAUCCAAGGCUACUUAGUAAGAGCCUGUCUCCAAAAAAUAAAAAUGAAAACAAAACAUCACAAAGCAGAAAAGGAAACAAACAAGAGAGCGGAGCAGUGACAAAUUGGGAGGUGAAAGGCUACGCUUGCACUAACCUUGCUAUUGGGGUGU